AGUGUGAGCGCGCCAGCCACUCACUACUAUCGUCCAUCUACUUGUUCCUCAGCGGCCACCUGAUCACAGCAACAUAUGCGAAAAUCUCUCCACUUCUAUGCAAUGCUGUCGUAUAUGAACUGCUGCUUCUCUGAAGCUUAUAAUUUCUGGGAGUCAUUGGGGAACGACCGUCUUGAUUGAGAUCGCUCGGAGUAUUGGAUGAAUCACGUUCUACGAGACUUAAUUGUAUUACAAGUUCCUCCAUAGCUUACUAAAAACGUGACAAAAUAUAAGUUCGGUGUGAGAGACGUCAAAUUGAAUUUCCAGCUCUGUGAUUAUCAAGAGAAUCGAAUUGAUGGAGCUCCUUGGAGAGUGGUUGCCAUGCUGUGAAAUGCAGCCUUCAGUACUCCUAGAUUUGACAAGUGAAUAAUUUCUCAUCGAUUGAUCUUUUAGCAUUCUUUGAACCAAAUGAACCACUUGUUACGAAGCUUUAUAGAACCAAUCUGCAUGAUAAUAUCAAAAGUGUAGGAAAAGGAAUCCCACUUCAAUAACUGUGGAGCUGCAACUCCAUUUAGGCUAUAACGCUACGUAUUGGGCUCUGGUUAGCAGAUACAAGCUUGAUCGUGCUAUGUUAUCAUUAUUGAGUUGUUAGGCUCAUCACUCUAUCAGCAAUAAUUAGCUACAUAAUUUGUGAUCACAGAGUCAAGGAAUUUUCAGUUCAGUUGAAGAAAUGAUAUUCAUUUAUUAGUAGCCGGUAGAAAUGUAAUGAAUGGAGUGACUCACCAAAUGGUUGUCAUUUGAAAGAAAGCAGUCGAUAAUCAUUGACUGCCAAAUUCAUGAGAAACGUUCAACCAAGCAAUCGAUCGAUUCAAAAAGCUCAUUCAUUCAGUAUAGGACCAAAUGCUGAGUGAUUUUCAAAAUGGGAAACUAUUCUUUUGAAACGUAAUGGAAAACUAAGUCCAUUCCCUGAAACAGAUUACGGUUGAUAGCAUUCAAUGAGGGGAACUACUAUUAUUACCAGAUCACUGUAUGUUUGUAGUGGUUAACUGCUAUCGAAAAUUGAUUUCCUGGCUGCUGUUGCUAUAAGCGUUUUGUAUUGCAAAAAGGAGAUUGAAUGGAAUCUGUUCCACAUUAACAGCUUCAAUCAUGCAAUGAUUACACAAUAAUCACACAAUCAUGCAAUACUCAAUUCAAUAGAAUUAAUCAUUCUUGUGAAACAAAUCAAAAUGGAUUUUUGCCCAAGCAGAAUAUAGUGGAGAUUUGAUGCGAAUAUGAUUCUCAUAGAGAGUUGAAAAAAAUAUAAAUCAAAUAGACUCGAUUUUUACAUCGUUAGUAGAUGACAGCUACUAUUCAGGCUUAGUAAAUAGUUUGAGUUUCAAGAACUAAUUUACAAUUUAUCCAGUUCCUCAUCAUCGAACAUUCAUCGGUGUUAUUUUAUGAAUUAAAAUAAUAGACAUUGGUCUUCGUAGAGAGAAAACCUGUGAGUUGAGAAGUCUAGAAUGCAGUUCAGCCUUUCCUAAAUCGAAAUCUGAGCUGAAUCAGAUCAGUACAGAAAUGUAAAAUAAGGCACCUGAGAGCUAUCAAGAUCUGUCCUAACCGGCCAUCAGUUCGUUAUCGACUGGGGAACAAUUCCUGCAUUGAAUAAUCGUAUGAUUAUGGUGAUAUCAUGACGGUAUGAAUAUGAAUGAGUCAACAAGCACAGCUGUUGAAGGCGCUUCAGACAGGAACGUUUCCAACUUAACGACGGCAAAUCCCGUGCUAGACGCCACCGACACUUCUGUUUUCAACGAAACGCUCUCGGAUAUCAUUCAGGACCCGGCCGUGCAGGGCAUAUUCUGCGUGCUCUACACCACCAUCUGCCUCCUGGGACUUUUCGGCAACGUUCUCGUCUGCUACGUGGUUGGCCGCAACCGCGCCAUGCACACUGUCACCAAUUGCUUCAUCACCAACCUGGCGCUGUCCGACAUUCUGCUCUGCGUGCUCGCCGUUCCUUUCACGCCUCUCUACACAUUCGCCAGUACUUGGAUGUUCGGUCGAGCCCUCUGUCACCUCGUCGCCUACGCCCAGGGCACCAGCGUCUACAUCUCGACUCUGACCCUCACCUCCAUCGCAAUAGACCGAUUUUUUGUCAUCAUCUACCCGUUUCAACCGCGAAUGAAGCUGUCAACCUGUCUCUCCAUCAUUCUUCUUAUUUGGAUAUUCAGCAUGAUGGCAACUCUCCCCUAUGGUAUAUACAUGCAUCACGGACCCAUGACAGGACAUGAAGACAGAGUUUUCAUCUGCGAUGAGAACUGGCCCUCUGAAUCAUUCAGACAGGUGUAUGGACUGCUGACAGCGGCUCUCCAGUUUCUGCUGCCUUUCUUCAUAAUCGCCUUCUGCUAUGUGAGGGUGUCACUCAAGUUGAAUGACAGAGCGCGAUCGAAGCCCGGCUCGAAGAACACGAGGAAGGAGGAGGCUGAUCGGGAGCGCAAGAGACGCACCAACAGGUAUAUCAAAAUGUUGAUAGCGAUGGUGACAAUCUUUGGAGUUUCGUGGCUGCCACUGACUGUGAUAAAUCUGCUGAACGAUGUCUACAUUCCCACAGGCAGUUGGCGAUAUUACAACCUGUGUUUCUUCAUCGUUCACGCGCUAGCUAUGUCCUCAACAUGCUACAAUCCAUUCCUUUACGCAUGGCUCAAUGAUAACUUCAGGAAAGAGUUCAAACAGGUGCUUCCAUGCUUUGACUCGACGGGUGGCCCGGGAGGGAGCAGCGGAUGCGGGGCGGGCGGUCGCCUGGGCAAUUGGCGGUCGGAGCGCACCUGCAACGGUCAGGAGACCUGCCAGGAAACACUGCUGCCAACCUCCGUAGUCCUGCCGGGAAAGACUGGAGACUCGCCACCUACCGUUCCAGAACUGGACCCGAGCUGGCUGAAGGCGAACAAGUCGAGCGACUCGGUGGAGGUUGUGUUGGUGGCGUACACGGCAGGAGAGGACAUGGUUCGUAUCGAUGAUGCUGCAGCCACGGCAACCAGGCGAGCCUCACGCCAGGACGUCUAGCAGGGGAUACCCAAGUCAGUAGUGUGGCCUGCUGACAAGACAGUGACUACAUCAUUCUAGAGCACAGGAAUGGAAUUUAGUGUGCAUAACGGAAACGAUGAGGGUAGCAUACAAGCAUGAUGUAUGAGCACCACGCACAACCCACUACUGCAAUGGAACGUCGUGAGGCGGUAAAGGCAUCGUUAGUCGCUAUCAAUCAUUAGCAGUGCUUGUACUAAGUUUGAAUUCUAUGUAGGGAAGAAUAUUGAGUCAAACGUUAUCCUAUCAUUUGCGAUCGAUUUGGAAAUUCUUAUCAGAUCCAUUCAGGUCACAUUUAUUAUUGUAAGUGAGAAUGAAAAAGCAAAAUACUGAAGACAUUCAUCAAAUACUGUACUAAUCUAGAAUGAUGUAUGGUAACGUAUGUAACUUCUAUGAAAGAAAUCAGACAUUAUUCAUUGGAAAUUCAAUUUUGUAGUAUGACAUGAAAUUUAUAGGAAAUAAAAUGUCUUGUAAAUAACAUUUAAUCGUUAAGUACAUUCCUCCUUGAAGUGUAUUGCAUGGAUGACCAACCUUGCACACAAUCCAGUCAGCGGCACACACAAAAUUACAAAAAUACGUAGUGGAAGAAAAACAACGUAGUCAUCGUUAAUAAUAUUGAUAUACUGUUCUAUAAAAUAUCACAGUAUUUUACAUUUUUAUGAAUCUGAAAUAAAUUAUUAUCUGAUGUCAUUCCGACGUUGCUGAUGAUUUAAGUUUUUCAUUGUUCACUGGGCACAAUUACAAUAUUAACGUUGAUUUUAAGCCACAAUAACUGUUGUUAAUCAAAUUUAAAAUGCAGAAUACGAUAAUUUAAAUUAUAAUAUGUUUAAAUUCUGUUGAUUAAUACUUUAUGAAUAAUAUAUUUAUGUUGAAUGUAAAAGUCUAAAUGAAAUUGCAUAUUAACUUAUUAGAUUUAUCAUCUUUCACCAAGCUUGAUGAGAAUCAUUGUAAAUAGAUAUAGUGACAGAUUUUGAAGAAUUUAUUAUAAUGACUGUAUGCUUCGAGUUCCAAUUUAUUCAUAGAUAUUUCUAGAGAUGACUCCAUUAUUUCAUUUCAUUUGGUGUUCAUAAAUAUUUCCAUAUUUUGAAUGUUAGGCUAUACUUGUGAGAUCUUUUAUACCGCUAAUUAAUGAAUGAAUUGAAUGAUUGUGACUAAAGUUAUGAGGGGACAAAAAUAUAGAAUGACAUUAUUAUGAAUGCCAAAUUUUAUCCAAGGGUCUGCUUUGAACAGAUGAUAGUACUUUUGACAAUGAAACAUGAUGUAUUUUCAUCAGAGAACCAUUCAUGAUUUUUAAUGAUAUUGGAAAUUAUUAUUUAUUAUUUUUAAAUUAUUAUUUAUAAUUAUUUUCAAAAUAUUUGAUAAACUUUCAAGAUUUUUGUCAAAAUAAACUUAAAUCAACGUUGAUGGAUUGAAAAAUGUAUUCCAAUCUAUGUGCAUACGAAAAAGUGUUUUACUCGUGGACAAAGUGUUAUAGUGUAAAUACGAAUUCUAUUGCCGUUAACAUUUCAGUGAUAACUGCUGAAUCGUAUAUAUAAAUUAUAAAUAUAAUCACUGUAUGUGUAUAAAUUCCAAUGUACAAGGAACAAAAUACUUGUUGAGAUAGUUAUCUAAAUUAUAACGAGCAGAAGAAUUUUGUAAAGCUUUUAUCAUCAUGUUGUGUUGUGUAUUAUUCAAUAAGUAAACUGAUAUUAGUAGGUAAUAAUUACGUGAUUACGUGGUGUAUAACUUGCAGAAUACAAUCGAUACUGCAUUUUCACUGUCAACUGUCGAUGUCAAUUCCAAAUCUUUAAAUCUAUCAAAAUAAGCGUCUUGGGCCAACUGUUCAUAUAAAUUUUAUUUUUUAGUUUUAGAAGUAUAUUUUGAUUAGAUUUUUGGAAUACAUCUAAAUUCUCAUCUUGAAGAUAUAGUAACAGAAAUUCCUUUGGAAUAAUAGUUGAUAUUGAGUAGGCCUAUACUAGAACUAGUAUGGGUAUAAUAACAAUUUGAGUUAGUAUCAAUAAGCAAGUGUAGAGUAACUAUUUGAUAACAAUCUUAAUGAAUAAGGUUAACGAACUCCCAUAAGAAACCUUGAACAGAAUGUAAUAUACUAGGGUAAUUGUCCACAGUAAGGAUUACUACAUGAUUGAAUGACAUCCUACAGUUAGUUCGGUUGACGUUAUCAUGUAUGACAAUUCUAUCAACAUAUAAGUUUCGUAAACAAAAAAGAAUUAUUGCUGCUAAUAAAUCGUCUCUUCGUUGAUUAUCCGUGAAAACGACAACUGACAUAACUUAUAACAGUAACAAAUCUGUAUUUUCCUUCAUCUCCCCAAUUCAUUCAUCAUUUAUUCCAACUUCUUAAUAAUUGAAACAUAUUCAUUACAGAGUUAAAAGUUUAUUAAACCAUUACUCAAGAGUUCAUAAGUACUGAUUCAAAUUCCAUCCAUUGAUAACAUCGUUUUCCAAUUCAGCUGGCCCAAGUUCCAAUAAAUAUUAUAUUGAAUGUAAUAUUUUUAGCAAUAGAAACAAUUGUAAAUAAUAUAUUGUAAUCUAAUCAAACAUAUUUGUAUCUUUCCUCAAGGUCUGAGCCCCCUUGAGUAGAGGUAUGUGUUAGUCAUGAUAGACUGUUUAAUGUUAUUGAUAUUGGAUGAAUUAUAGUAUUUUGAUGUAAUUA